AUGUAUAAUACUAGCUGUCUGACGCUUCAGUCAAGACCUAACUUUGGACCACGCUCUUCGCCGGUUUUGGGAAUUGAGAGCGGAUUGCCUUUUGCUGCCAGUAUGAAGUCUGCUGAAGAGGAGGCUUUUAGCCACACACCAAAUGUCAGCUUGUCUCUGCCUCUUGGUAUGGGGAACCCGUGUCUGGCAACUCAGUACCACAGCUUGCAGACCAGCCCCAUCAUCUCUGUCUCAUCCUGCCAUCAGGCAGGUUAUGGGCUGCAUGAGGACGCUGUAGCCUCCGGGUACUACCUGUCCCAUGGGUUGCGGCCCAAUGGAGCGCCACCUCUAGAGAGCCCACGCAUCGAAAUUACGUCCUAUGGCCAGUUUCCUGAAGAGGAGGUGGAGGAGAGCAGCAGUGUUGACCCAAUGGCCAAGCGAGUCAACAUUGUGACGUUGACCCUGCCUAACACUGACGGCUAUCGUGACCCCAGCUGUCUGAGCCCUGCUAGUAGCCUGUCUUCCCGCAGCUGCAACUCAGAGGCCUCUUCCUAUGAGUCAGGCCUCUUCAACUAUGACAACUCCCCUCAGAACUCACCCUGGCAGUCACCAUGUGUCUCACCCAAAGGCUCUUCAUCUCUGCUGUCUUGCCCCCAUGCACCUUGCUCCUCCUCCUCUCCCCGUCAGUCCCCCUCCACCUCCCCUCAUGCAGGCAUGGCAACUGAAGAUGGCUGGGCAGGGCUACCACGGGGUUCCCGUCCCAACUCACCCUCCUGUAAUGUGGGCGGGCCUGGUAAAAGAAAGUACAGCUUUAACGGUGCCCCCUACAGACAGCCAUCUUAUUCACCACACCAGUCACCAGUGCCAUCCCCUCGUGGUUCGCCAAGGGUCAGUGUGACCGAUGACAACUGGAUCGCCAACACCAACCAGUACACCAACUCAGCCAUCGUGGCCGCCAUCAACGCCCUGACCACAGAUGGCAUGGCCGACCUGAGUGAAGCAGUGCCCCCAAAAUCCCGCAAGACCAACCUGGAACAUGCCACCACUAUGAACCUGAAGGUGGAGCCUGAGGGAGAGGGGCUUGGCCCAGGAAACGAGCUCUGCCAGGAGGACUACUCCACCAACCGUCAGCCGUUCAAGAAGGAGAGCUACUACACAGGUUUUCUUGACGUGCCCCAGAACACCUACUCUUGGCCCAAGCCCAAGCCUUAUGUCAGCCCAUCUCUGCCGGCUCUGGAUUGGCAGCUCCCAUCCUGCUCUGGACCGUACAGUCUACAGAUUGAAGUGCAGCCCAAAUCUCACCACCGCGCCCACUAUGAGACCGAGGGCAGCCGCGGGGCAGUGAAGGCCCUGGGGGGAGGUCACCCUGUAGUACAGCUCUACGGCUACAUGGAGAGCGAGCCCCUCACCCUGCAGCUGUUCAUCGGGACCGCAGACGACCGCCUCCUGCGACCGCACGCCUUCUACCAGGUCCAUCGCAUCACCGGCAAGACCGUUUCUACUGCCAGCCACGAGGUCAUGCAGUCCAACACUAAAGUGCUUGAGAUACCCCUACUGCCUGAAAACAACAUGCGAGCUAUAAUUGACUGUGCAGGCAUUCUGAAACUACGUAACUCUGACAUCGAACUGCGUAAAGGCGAAACUGACAUCGGCCGCAAAAACACCCGUGUGAGAAUGGUGUUCCGCGUACACAUCAGUCUUCCAAGUGGCAGGACAGUGUCUUUGCAGGCUGCAUCCAAUCCUAUUGAAUGCUCCCAACGUUCAGCCCAGGAGCUGCCUCUGGUGGAGAAGCAGAGUGUGGACAGUUUCCCUGCUACGGGGGGUAAGAGGUUGCUCCUCAGCGGUCACAACUUUCUGCCAGACUCGAAGGUGGUGUUUGUGGAGAAAGCUCAAGAUGGGCAUCACCUAUGGGAGACAGAGGCCAAAGUUGACAAGGACUCUGUCAAAUCUACUUCACUGUUGGUGGAGAUCCCUCCCUAUCGGAAUCAGAGGAUAUCCAAUCCUGUGCAAGUGAACUUCUAUGUUUGCAAUGGCAAGAGGAAGAGGAGCCAAUAUCAGCGCUUCACAUACUUGCCCCCUAAUGUUCCUAUGAUAAAAACAGAACCAAAUGAUGACUAUGAGCCCCAAGGGGCUCUGGGGAUGCCCAUGCACAUGCCAUCCUACUAUGGCCAUCAGAGAUUGACUCCUAUGAUGCCUGUGGGUGAUGCUGAAGCUUGUCUUGGAGGUUAUCCAUCUUGCCCGCCACGAAACUCCGCUGUGCCCACUUCUUCCCCCAGCUCCAGCCCCAAGCUGCACGACCUGUCUCCUGUCCCAUUCCCAAAGUGUCUGUCCAGCAGCCCAACGCAACACCACCCUAUGCAAGCAGUGGCCUCCCUGCAGGACACGCCUUCCCAUCCGUCUUUGGCCCUCCCCAGCUCGCCAGACCACUCCACCUCCCUCACCAUGUUGCACCCACAGGGCAGUCCUCACCUCAGCAGCCCUGCCUAUCAACCCCUAUACCCCAGCAGUAGCCCUUCCUCCUCUCCCAACUCACACCCUUCCACUCCUGGAGCUGCUGCUGAGAGCCCCUUCAUCCCUACCUUCAGCCCCGCUCAGCCAGCACCACCCAGCUCCACCCAGACCAGAGGCAGCCCAACCAGCCUCCUCCCAGAGGACAGCAGCCCCCCAACCCUACCAGUCACCAUCAAACAGGAGCCUCAGGAGCUUGAUCAGAUAUACCUUGAUGACGCUCAUACUCCUUGCUCUUCUGGAGUGGCCAGAGGGUUUUCUCAUGGAAAAUUUUACACAUCCUGGCAGAGUGCCCGGGCAGCAGGACUCCGCAAAGCCUCUAAUGAUGAUUGA